CGUGCACGGUUUUACCUGCCCAUCGAUCAUGAUUUUGAGCUCGUCACUGCUGGAAAGUUAUUCCAAGUAGACCCAAUCAGAACUAGUACCUUUAGUACAGAAAGAAGGAUUCCCAAAAAUGUCCGACCAAGCGACCCCCUUCAUACCGCCGCUAGGAACUCCCCAUCCUCCCAGCCCACAUCCGCGUAUGAAUGGUUCUGCAGGCUAUGACUCUGGUAGAUUUCCUUCAGGAGGGUUAUCUUAUUCACCACAAACAUCUCGCAACACAGGCUAUCUCCCGCCUGGGCAUUACACCCCCUCAGGUUACGGAAACUUACCUCUAGGCAUCGACACCUCGGGUCGGCCACCGGUUCAGCCUGGGGGACUAAGUGCCGACUAUACUGGUUACCCGAAUUUAACACCAACGCCACAACUACAAACUAGCAACACACCUCUUCCACCCACUCCCGGGAGUCAACGACAACCAGAACCGUCGCCGAUGUGGCCAGGACCUGGAAGUUUUGGAACGCCAUAUCAUCCUCCGAUGCAUUUCUAUCCAGGAGCACCAGGUCCUUAUCAUACACCUUUUAUACCACCAAUGGGAACGCCUUUUAUGACGCCAGGUGCAUGGCCGUUACCCCCACACCAAACGCCAUAUCAACCCCAGCAACCUCCAUUACCUGGAGGGCCACCACCGCCCGUAGGACCACCACCAUUCCAAGGAUACCCACCUGCGGCCAUGUUCCCUGGGUAUCCAAUGUAUCCUGGAAUGAUCCCGCCGCCGGCAGUGGGUCCGUAUGAUAUGGCAGCGCUGCAGACUGCGUUGGGCGGGCCAGCAGCACCGCCGGGUACACAGGGUGGGCCAUUCGCGAGAGCAGGAGAACCAGGAGUAGACCGGUUAAGUCCUUGGGCAGUUGGGAGGCAUUAUGGGCCUGUCCUAGAACCUUUCCUAACUCACAUCCUUAAUGUGAAACCGAUGAUAAACCCCCUACUCCUUCCCCACACCCCAGACGCCGACCGACCCUACCUCAAAUGGAACAUGCUAUUCGCUUCCAACAUGUGUCAACGUUCUGGAGAUGCAACUCACGUCUCAUGGAAUAAAGGUCGAAAUGAACCCGCAACCUUCCCUCGAGUAACCCGUCUCACACUCGUUCCUUCCCUCUCCACCGGUUCACUUCGUAACGCCGCCGCGACUAUUCACGGUGGAAAUUCGCAACAGAACAAUAACCCGCUCCCUACAGCAUUCUUAAAUCAAGGAGAACAAACACCAAUACCGUUUAUGAUACCGGUUCAUGCAUCUAAACGUGAAGUUGGAGUGACGUGCGGUGAUGUGAUUGACGGAAUUUAUAUGGUUCUGUGCGAGAUGUCGGGUGGGAAAGAGUUCAGUGUGCUACCGGAGAGAUCGGACUUGAAGAGGGCUGUUGCAGCUGCCUACCGACAUAAUCGGUCCCGAGCUCCAGGUGUACCGGGCGGAAGCCUCGGAGACGGACUACGAAAGAUGGACUGGCUCUGUCUCGACGUCUGGUUCGGUGGUAUCCGCUUUCAAGGUUGCGAAUCAACGAUCCGAAAAGCCUGCGGUUUCGGUCGAGGUGGGACCUUCAACAACACGACCGAAAACCGGAUCCCAGAAGACGAUUACCCCGCGGAUAAUCCUUGUACAUACGAGUUGCUGUGUGUGAGGAGGACGCCUAUGACUAGAGAAGAGGCUGAGCAGGAGGCUGCUGAGGAGAGAGUGAGAGUUGAGAGGUCGGAGGCGGAAGAGAGGGACCGGGCGACUCAAAGGGACAGGAGGAGAAGCAGGGCGGAUAUGUCUUCUUCAGCUAACAGCUCGAAUAUGGGUCCUCCGUUCGUUGCUAGGGUGGACACGGAGACGGAUUCGAGUAGUGUGAGUGCGUGAGCUUCCAAGGAGGCUUCACUGAAAGUGAAGCCUCAAUCUAUAAAGGCUAGUUUCCUGCCUUGGGUUUUUUCUCAUAUCCAUCCGUUAUCGCUAUCCUACUGGUUCUGCAUCUGCAUGCUCUCUACAACACUUCUCACUCAUCAUUCCCCACAAGUCGCUGUAUUUUAUACACACUACUAUUGUUUCUUACGGAUUAUCAUGCUAUAAACUAGAAGUUACACCUACUGUAAACUCCCCAGAAGGUCCUCUCUCAUUCGAAGAAGCCCAUUUGACUAGGAGAAUUACGAGGUGUCGCUGUA